GGAGAGUCCCCUAGCCGAGUUCAGUUCCUGAUUAAGUAAAUGAAUUAAAGACCAUGUGACUCAGUUCCUCUUUCACUCUGCCUUAUAGGCAGUCACUCUAACACAUUAGGAGAAAGUAGCCAGUCCUGAUAAACCGCUGUUUCAGUCAAAAUGACCCUGUGCUGGUGGUUCCUUCUGGUGGCUUUCAUCCCUAUGACCUCAGGCACCAAUCCUGGAGUAAAGGUUAAGCUAACAGAAAAAGGCCUUGAAUAUGGCAGACAACUGGGCAUGGUUUCAAUUCAGCAGAAACUCAAAUCCAUCAAAGUCCCAGAUUUUUCAGGGUCACAGACAGUUUCUCCUAUUGGCAAUGUCAAGUACAGCUUGUCAAAUAUGUGUAUAGUCAGUGUGGGACUGCCACAGUCUGCAGUGAAUCUUGUGCAGGGUACAGGCAUGAGACUGUCAGUUAGUAAUGCCUUCAUCAGCCUGCGAGGAAACUGGAAAGUCAAGUAUCUCCACAUAAUAAAGGACAGUGGCUCAUUUGAUUUGAAAGUGAAAGGACUCACUAUCGGAACAAGUAUUGCCAUCAAGAGCGAUGAGACAGGCCGACCAGCAGUCAGUAAUGUCAACUGUGGGGCCACUGUCAGCAGUGCAAGCGUCAAAUUCCACGGUGGAGCCAGCUGGCUGUACAAUCUCUUCAGAAAGUUCAUUGAUAAGGCUUUGAGAAGUGCUAUGCAGAAACAGAUGUGCCCUCUAGUGACUAAUGCCAUAUCUGAUUUGAACCCUCAGCUGAAAACUCUCAAUGUUUUAGCCAAGGUGGACCAAUAUGCAGAGAUCGAAUAUUCCAUGGUGUCAUCCCCCAUAGUUUCAAAUUCUUCUAUAGACUUCAGUUUGAAGGGUGAAUUUUAUAACAUUGGAAAGCAUCAGGAGCCUCCGUUCUCGCCCUCAGCCUUUACCCUGCCAUCCCAGAUCAACAACAUGUUGUACAUCGGCAUGUCUGCCUUCACUGCCAACUCUGCAGCCUUCGUCUACAACAAAGCUGGAGCCCUCCACCUGUUUGUCACUGAUGACAUGAUCCCACAAAGCUCUCCCAUCCGACUCAACACCAGGACAUUUGGAGCCUUCAUCCCGCAGAUUGCCAAGCGUUUUCCAGGUCUGAUGAUGAAACUGCUAGUGCAGACAGUGAAACCUCCCGUCACUACUUUUGAACCCAACAAUUUGACCGUUCAGGCCUCUAGCACAGUGACAGCCUACGCUAUCCAACCCAACACCACACUUUCUCCUCUCUUUGUUCUAAACUUGGAAACCAGUGUCAGCGCCCAAGUGUUUGUCCGAGGAAUGAGGCUGGCUGGAGCUGUCACCCUCAACAAAAUGACUCUGACCCUAGGGACAAGUUAUGUGGGAGAGUUUCAGGUCAGAUCCCUUGACAGCAUCCUGCAACUGGUCCUCAAAGUGGUAGUGAUACCCAGACUAAAUGUUCAACUUGCAAAGGGAUACCCACUUCCUGCACUUGGAAAGAUGAAGCUUGUGAACACUCAGCUUGAGGUCCUGAAGGACUACAUGCUGAUUGGGACAGAUGUUCAGUUUACAGGUUAAACAACAUUUUCUUUAAAAAUCCAAAGUUUUCUGUCUACACUGGGGCAUGCCAUUAUGAAGGAGCAGCAACAGUACAACUACCUGACAGAGAAUUUUCCAAGAAAUUGAGUGAUGUGCCUCUCUUAAAAGCUUGAGAAAUACUGAUCUCCAGUUUGCAUUUGGAUCUCACUUCAGAUUUUUUAAAAUCAUUUUUUGGGUUUUUUUAAAAACUAUUUUUCUUUUAAAUAUGAACUCUAUCCAGCUUUUCUACAUGUAGAUGAGAGCAGUGAACUUCCACAAAGGGUUACUGCAGCCCAGGAGACAUUUUGCGAAAUGGGGUUUGCUGGUGUCAUCGCAAUCAUCUUUUUUGAAAUAACAUACUUCUUCCAAAGCAGAUCACAGCACUUUCCACUGCUGACUUUAGGCAAAUUCUUUCUCAGAGGUUCUGAGUUUGUAGCUCACUGAGCGAAUAAAUGUGCUGAUCCAUGA